AUGACAGCUCCUUGUUUAUUAAAUGAAUUUGAAUUACUUGAUGGUACAACAACACAAAAAUUAUUUAUUCGUCUAACACCAAUUAUAUUUUGUGUUGGAUUACUUGGAAAUAUUCUUACAAUGUGUGUAUUUAUUAUAACUGAUCUUAAAAGACAAUCUGUAUCAAUAUUAACUAUUGCUUUAGCUAUUGUUGAUUCAUUAGUACUUCUUAUACCUGUUUCAGUUUUAUGGCUUGAACAUUUAUUAAAACGAGAAUUUACUGAUGCAUCACCAUUUUGGUGUCGUACACAUGGUUUUUUUGAUUUAACUUUUACAUGUUGUUCAAGUUGGCUAAUGAUUUGUAUUGCAUUUGAACGUUUUUGUGCUGUUUGGUUGCCUCAUCGUCAUAAAAUUUUAUUUACUCAUCGAAAAAUAUUUUUUUUUGUUCUCGGAAUUGUUAUUACAGCAACAAUAAUAUCAACAUGGUUUAUAUUUGUUGUUAAAAUGGUUUUAAAAACUCGACCUGUAAUUUUACCACAGACCACUACAUCAUUAUUAAAGAAUUCUUUUAAAAAUAUUUCAGAAAAUUUUAUUUUUUGGUCAUCACGGCAAAUUACUCCAGAAAAUCAUACAUUGAAAAUUUAUUUUAAAUGUGAUGUUUAUGAUGAUAUUCUAUAUGAUUCAAUGGGAAUGGUAUCAGUUAUAAUAAAUUAUUUUGUUCCGUUUGUAUUUAUAUUAUUAUUAAAUUCGACAGUUAUUUAUCGUUUAUGUCAACGUGGUAUUGUUGAAUUACGAUCAUCAAUAACAGUAACAUUAAUACUUGUUUGUCUUGUUCAUUUAUUUUGUACAUUACCAUUUCAAUGUUGGUGGAUAUAUUAUGAAGUUCUUGAUCAAACCGGUGAUUGUUCAUGGUUAAAAAAUAAAUUAACAUGGCGUACAAUAACAUUUACAAUAAGAAACAUUAAUUAUAUGGCAAAUUUUUUUCUUUACUCAUUUUCAUCGAAAUUAUUUCGAGAUGAAUUAAAGGGUCUAGUUUUAUUAUGGUUAUUACCACAUGAAAGAUAUCAAAGUUAUCAUUAUAGACGACAGUCAUUAUAUGAUAAUAUGCAGCAACAAAAUGUUUCACUUAUACGUCUUAUUAUGAGAAGAUUAAGUCGAACAAGUGAAUAUACAAAUGGUGGAGUUAUUGUUAAUCCUAUUGGUGGUGCUGUGGCAAAUAAUGAUCAUGUUGCCAAUGUUUAG